AUGAGCUUUCUGGAAAAAGAUGUUGGAAUUUCGGAGUACGUGGGGCAUGGUAUACCAAAAAUUGAGGGUAUCAUCAAGCAGAGGUUCACUGACUUCUUGGUCUUCGAAGUUGACCAGGACAGUAAAGUAAUCCACCUAAAAUCGCUCGACAAGCCUGAAUCCAAACCCGAAUCUGCGCCAACCGAAUCGACACCGGUAGUAAGUGAGGAACCUGCUGCGAAGGCUAAGGACGAAAAAUUGGAGGAAAAUCCUUCCGAAACCUCCUCCGACGAGCCUUGGCCCGAAUCGUUCACAACACGCCUCUCUGCCUUCCUCUCGGGAAGCGCGAUUACUGAAGUGAAAGAAAUGUAUCUACAGGGACCAGAGCCACCCCGUGUCAGCGACUCAGGUUGGGCUGGCCGAGUUCCCAAAUCGACUGAAGACGGAGCCAAGACCCCGAUUGCUUCAAAGGCUACUAGAACUGGAUUACAUCAAGCCAUUCGCGAACUUUUCAAUGGAAAGCUUGACAGUGAGACGGAUGCUACCGCUCCUGAUACUGACUCAGGAUCAAGAAUUAUUAUUAAAUGGUCGAAGAGCCGCGGAGGUCGUGGAGGUCGCGGAGAACGAGCUCCGCGAGGGACAUACCCUCCUUAUAUUCACUUCACGCUCCAGAAGACCAAUCGCGACACUCAGGAUGCUCUUGGCCACCUUUCUCGUUCCUUGCAUGUCAGUGUGAAAGAUCUUUCCGUCGCAGGUACGAAAGACAAGCGUGGUGUGACCAUCCAGCGGGUGUCGCUUAAGAGAGGCAGCAAAAAGGUCGAAGAUGUGUGGAAGCUUGCCAAUGGUCUCACUGGGCGUAGGACAAUUGAAGAUGCUCUCAAGUACCGUGGUGAAAGGGGACUGAGGAUUUCAGACUUCAACUAUCGCAAAGCUGCUUUGGAAUUAGGGAUGUUGAAGGGUAACGCAUUCCUAAUCACACUGCGGUAUGUCCGCUCCGUGGCUACGAAUGUCCGCAUCGAAUCUGAGCAAAGCAUGAAUGAAGCACUGAAUGUCAUCAAGAACAAAGGGUUCAUCAAUUACUACGGUAUGCAGCGCUUUGGGACGGCAUCGGUACCUACACAUGCCAUUGGACUCGCACUACUGCAAUCCAAUUGGCAGAAAGCCGUAUCCCUCAUCCUCCAGCCUCGGCAUGGUGAACAUCCUGACGUUGAAGCUGCCCGCAAUGCUUGGCUCGUCGACCAUGACUUGGACAAAGCUCUUGAACUCAUGCCGAGACGGGUUGUCGCCGAACGGUGUCUACUAGAAAGCUUCAAGACUCAAAAAGGUGAUACUAGGAAUGCCAUGGGUGCAUUAGAUACAAUUCCCAAGAAUCUUCGUCUAAUGUACGUUCAUGCAUAUCAGUCAUACGUGUGGAAUGCCAUUGUCUCGGAACGUAUACGAACAUAUGGAGCGGACAAGCCCGUCCCUGGUGAUCUGGUAUUCGAUACCUCGAGCGCGGAUGCAGAAAUGAAUAACAAUGCCGACGAACCUGGCGCAGAGAAAGAAGAAGAACGAGGUAAAGUCAUUUUUCAAUUCGUACAGAUUUUCAACGGGAUUCACGCCUUAGCAGAAGAACCUACCUCAUCUCGGGGUUGGAAGAAGGCGAGGAAGCCUUAUGUUGCUCCAGUAGUAAAAACCCUUACAGAAGGGGACGUCUACAAGUACACCAUCUUCGACGUUAUUAUGCCUCUACCGGGCACUGACGUUGCCUACCCGGGCGGAAAACUGGGGGCAAGAUACCGGGAGUUUCUUCAGAUGGAUGGCCUCGAUGCCGACAAUUUUGUUAGGAAGCAAAGGAUCUACACGCUCAACGGAUCGUAUAGAAAGAUUCUGCACCUUCCGAAAGAAAUGUCCUGGUCUGUGCUGCGAUACACGGACCCAGAUGUUCCACUUGCGCAGGCAGAUGAGGACAAGCUGCUUGGAUUUGAUGCUCCAGUUACUGUUGAGGACGGCAAGUUUAUGGCCCUCCAAAUACAGCUAACGCUUGGAACGGCAGCCUAUGCUACCAUGGCCCUUAGGGAGAUCACUAAAACAGAGACGAGCUCUCAUUUUCAGACAGGCUUGACUGCUACGUCUGAAGACCAAAAGUUCCGAGGAACAGGAGAAGGGGAAGCGGCUGAUGUUGCAAUUGAAGACGAAGAGAUAGCCGAAGAGUAA